AUGGCCGUGCCUCAAAGGACACUGACCUGGCUCUACAGUGUCCUCACUAAGGAUCACUAUGAUCCCAAACAGACUUAUCACGACCCAAAUCGGACCUACCACGAUGUUGCCAACGCGCUCGCUCAAUACCCCUCGCUCUCCCCGAGGACAGAUGUGUAUACCUAUGAGACCGGCUUCUCGGCCCUUCUUCUGCACCUUGUGGGCACGUUGCCUGUCAACUUCCGGGGGACAACAUACCGAUUCCCGAUUGCGCUUUGGAUCCCCAAUACGUACCCGCGCGAGCCCCCAAUUGCCUACGUGACCCCAACACAGGAGAUGACUGUCCGAGUCGGACAACAUGUAACGCUGGAGGGCCAGGUGUACCAUCAUUACUUGGCACACUGGGCUGAAGCCUGGGAUCGAUCUACAAUCACAGAUCUUUUAUCAAUUCUACAAGAUAUAUUUGCCAAGGAGCCGCCUGUGCGAUACCGACAGCAAGUGCCUCAAGCUCAGUCCCAAGCGGAGCACGCUCCAACACCGCCGCCAUUACCUCCCCUUCCGCCUGGCGUAGGAGCUUCACAGACACAAACUCAAGUACCUGCACAACCCGCAAGUCAAGUACCGCCCCCACCACCACCAAAACCAGGCGCGAGUGAGAACCGCCAACCAUUGCCAGCUGGCCGAUCUUCCUUGCCUCCACUCCCACCCAAGGAGCAAGGCCUUCGCCAUGCAUCGACCCCGAUCACUUCACCAAUACCACCCCAUGGUGUCCGAUCACCCCAGUAUCAUGCACCUCCAGGCCAUGGAGGCCCGAUAGGCAGUCCACUGUCCCAGCCACCGACUCAGCAGGCAAUAUCACAUCCGGGGCCAUACUAUAGAAAUGGAGCCCCAAUUCCUCCCCAGCCGCAUUUCCCUCAACCACAGCCGGCUCCUCUGCCAGCUCACUAUCAGACCCAGCAACCUCCUGGACCUCCACAACCCCAGCAUCCCACCCACCCAACCAACCACCCACGCCCUAUCCCAGCCCCCCACGCCGAAGCACCCGAUCUUCUCACCUCCCCAUUCGAAGUGGAGCUACCCUCAAUCUCCGGUCCUGCCCCUCCAAUCCCACCAAACCCGGAGAAAGACACCCUCCUCCGAGCCGUCUCCCACUCUCUAGCAGAAACCCUCCAGCUCAACGCAACCCAAUCAGACACAGCAGCCCAAUCUCUGGCCUCGCAGUCCCGAUCCCUGCAUUCAGCCCUAGCAACCCUCCAAGGAGAGAUCUCGACCCUCAACUCCCUACACGCAACCCUCCAAUCCAACACCGCCGUUCUUCAGCAAUCUAUCCAGCGUGCAGACGCAACCAUCGCCGAUGCACCCCCAGACCUACCACCCAUUGAUGACGUCCUGGUCGCGCCUACGAUCGUAGGUAAGCAGCUGUAUGAUCUUGUUGCCGAGGAACAGGGGAUCCAGCAGGCUCUUUAUGCGCUGCAGGCUGCGUUGGUGAAGGGUGUCAUUGGUGUUGAUUCUUGGUCUAAGCAUACGCGUAGUCUGGCGAGAGAGGCGUUGUUGAAGAGGGCUUUGAUUCGGAAGAUUGGGCGUGGGAUGGGCUUGGAGGAGAGCUUGUAG